GAUCUCAUUUUCAAACACCACAAUCAUUUGAUCUACAAUAAAGUUGUUUCUGAGAAAAUUGGAAGCUACAUACUACGGCUCGAGUAUCAUUAGACUCUGUGGAUCUUGAUAACCUCUGUCAAUCGACUGCUCUUUGGUCUUGUCCAGCCCGACGCCUAUUGGCUCAUACCUCUCAAGGCCGGGGGCUGUCUGCAUCCGGGCAGCCCACACAAAGUAUUUGGCCAUGGACGCCCGCAGGUCUGCGUUACCGCCUGGACAACACAGUAUGGCUGGUGACUCGGACGAAGAAGCAGACGAAUAUGAUUGGAAAACACGCGUGUCGGACAUGCAGGAGGAGCCACGAGCUGCAAGAACUGCCGGCCGAGAAGGCACUGGUCUAACUACGCAUCAAGAUGAGGAUCAUCAGCAAUCACGCACACCGGAAACAGGUGAAACGUCAGAGAAUGAUGAUCUCCAAGAAGACGAACAAGUCCCGCACCCAUUCUACCAUUAUGCUACUGAGAAACGUGACACAUAUGUGGAUGCCAAACUCAUCUAUCAACGCCAUCGAAUGGAUACAUUAUCUGAGAAGGACAUGGGCAGCCCAUUGUUGUUGGGCAAGUCCUACACCUUGCCUACGACGCUUGAUGGUGAUGCACCAUUGGAUCGUAUAAACAGCCUUGGUUCGAGACAGUCCAUACAUGGCCACCGUGGACCAGGCAUCAGUAAUACGCCCUCGACGAACUUCAAGGAGUCAUUUCCCACGUUGCAAUCCCAAAUCAGCAAUCCCCAACUUAGCAAAGCAGAUCCAACGUUAGUUGCCGAUGCGACUGCGCGAAGCCAUAGAUAUCAUCCGGGACUUCCGCACGAAUUUAAGGACCCUUUACUAGCAAACGAAGGAAUGCAUGGGGCCGGGGCUGGGGUAGGGCUUGGAUCGGGGCCUGGUGGACUUGCGCCGAGUGAGGACAGCAUUGUUAGUGAGGUACAGUCGAUCUGCGAUAAAAUCAAAACAUUGCUCGAUCUGCGGCAGAAGUAUCUCAGGGUAUCUCUGCAGUGCCCUGGGCAAAAUCCGCGGGAUGACGAAAAUUGGGACAUCUAUCCUCCGCCGCCGAAUCCAGUUUGGAAUGAACAAAAGGCUCGUGAGCCUCCCCAGGAAUACAUCGCUCCAAAUAGCACUUCGAGCAGCCUGUACAUGGCGGAUGCAAGGGCCCACGGUGAUGCUGAUCGAAAUGAGCUGAGAAAUUGGCCAGCAAGUGCAAGUCAAGCUGACUCCGAAAGAGGUCCGCCCUCACCAACUGCUUCUAAGCACCCUCGGAAACCUGGCCACGCAAUUGGAGAAGAUUUCGACCUUGACGAGUGCUUCAUUCCGGGCAAGGAAAGACAAGCUGUGAGGUUUGCAAUGGACGAAGGCAGCAUCUUUCAGGUGUACGACAACGGCAAGUCAAUUGUCGCAGUCCCAACAUUACGAGAUUACUAUAUGGCAUUGGACACGAUCCUCGAUAUUGCUUCGGAUGGGCCUGCGAAAAGUUUCGCAUACCGUCGACUACAAUACCUGGAGGGUAGGUAUAAUUUGUAUACUCUACUGAAUGAGUAUCAGGAGGUGGCAGACACGAAGAAAGUGCCGCAUCGUGAUUUCUACAACGUGCGAAAGGUGGACACUCACGUGCACCACUCGGCCUGCAUGAACCAAAAGCAUCUGCUGCGUUUCAUCAAGAGCAAGAUGAAGAAGUGCCCAGACGAGGUGGUGAUUGAUCGUGAUGGGAAGCAGUUGACUCUUCGCGAGGUGUUUGAAAGUAUUCAUUUGACGGCGUAUGAUUUGAGUAUUGACACUUUGGAUAUGCAUGCUCACACCGACUCCUUUCACCGCUUUGACAAGUUCAACUUAAAGUACAACCCUAUCGGUCAAUCAAGGCUUCGAGAUAUCUUUUUGAAGACUGAUAACUUCAUCAAAGGCCGGUAUCUUGCUGAAAUAACACGAGAAGUGAUUUCUGACCUUGAGUCAAGCAAAUAUCAGAUGGUCGAAUGGCGAAUCAGUAUCUACGGCCGCAGUCUUGAUGAAUGGGACACCCUUGCAGCCUGGGUCGUCGACAAUAAACUCUUCUCCCACAACGUGCGAUGGUUGAUUCAGAUUCCCCGACUGUAUGCAUUGUACAAGUCGCUGAAGACAGUGGAUAAUUUCGAGACGCUUCUUAGAAACAUAUUUCAACCAUUAUUCGAAGUCACACAGGAUCCUUCCAGCCAUCCCAAGCUGCAUGUCUUCUUGCAAAGGGUGAUUGGAUUUGAUAGUGUUGACGACGAAAGUAAAGUUGAAAGACGGCUCUACCGGAAGUUUCCCGCACCCAAGGAAUGGAAUACCAAGCAAAAUCCACCAUAUGGGUAUUGGAUCUAUUACCUGUUCGCAAACGUGACAUCGCUGAACGCAUGGAGAAAGAGGAGAGGCUUCAACACUUUUCACCUUCGACCGCACUGUGGUGAAGCUGGAGACACCGAUCACUUGGCCGCAGCGUUCCUCUGCUGUCACAGUAUCAGUCACGGCAUUGUCCUCCGAAAGGUGCCGUUAUUGCAAUAUCUCUUCUACCUAGAACAAAUUGGAAUUGCCAUGUCACCUUUGAGUAACAACGCACUCUUCCUGACUUACGACCGCAACCCAUUCAUCGGCUAUUUCAAGAAGGGUUUGAAUGUGUCGUUGUCGACCGAUGACCCGUUGCAGUUUGCCUUCACCAAAGAGCCGCUUAUCGAGGAGUAUUCGGUGGCGGCACAAAUCUACAAAUUGAGCGCCGUGGACAUGUGCGAGUUGGCAAAGCAUUCUGUCGACCAGUGCGGGUUCGAGUUGAGCCUGAAGCAACGUUGGCUAGGCAAAUAUUGUUAUCUCCCAGGAGUGCUUGGGAACGAUGUGGCUAAAUGCAAUGUGCCUGACGUUCGAGAGGCUUUUCGGCACGAGACCUUGAAAGCAGAGCACGCAUUCAUUGCGAGGUACACACGAGACUAUAGCCACUACGACCGAUGCACGCCAAAUUUGCCCGAUCCAUCUGACCCUUCGACUCCUCUCGAUGAGAUGUACAAGAACCUGGAGUCUCCCCGACAAUUCUACGCCACUUCUGUUGCCGAUUCAAUCCCACCGGCGCAACAGGCUAGGCUACCGCAGACGAAGUCUAAUGCCACCAUGGACAGGGGCAUGGGUAAUAUUUCACCCACGAGGCCCCGGACAAUGUCGAGCACGACUAUUUUGCACCCCAUACCAUCGAACCCCGACAGCCACAUCUCUGGCCAAGAGCCUCGCGCCUUCCCCGGGCUCGUGCAUCAACAAAGGAGACGAAGCUUGCGGGUUAGCUCGAGCAACUCGGACAUGGCAGCGCCUGACAUGAGCUCAAGUCUGCAACUAGAACCAGGGUUGGCGAAGAUGACUCUCCGAGAGGACCGAGAAAUGGCAAGGAUGGAGGAUUCGGAAUAAGUUAAAGCGAGCAUGCUUGGGCAGCUUGACACCUCGAGUACAUCACUCUGUUGGCUGUCUGGACUUGGUACCGCUUCUCGGGGUUUAUUUGCAAGUGAAACAAAGCAGGCGCUCGACCGUGAGGUACUCUUGAUAGGGCAUGGUCGAAUUUACACCCUUGCUAGGUCGGGUGAAAUCGGAGAGAUACUUCAUUCCUCCCGCCUUGAACGGCUGUAUGCGGGUGAGUAGAAGAUCGACCAACAGGAGAAAAACCUGGGGAAAGAGUGUCUAUCUGGCCGUGACACCAGCCAGAUCAAUUAUGGUGAGGCCCGUCAUGAGCAAGUCGGGUUAUUCAGCCCGAGACAUCUGAGUCAGAAUGAUAGCAAGGGUUAAAUGGCGUUUUCUUUGUUGGGCAAUGUGGGAUGGGAUGGCAGGUCCGUAUUAUAACAUGGGUUACAGCCGAGUGUUGGAUAUUGCCUUCAUUCGGUUCUCUCAUCCGUCUGAGAUCUUGUACUUUCGUAGUGUUUUGGGCGUUUUUCAAUUGAUCAGACUUGACAUUCCC